UUGUGAUCUGGCUCAGUUCUGUCUACCGAGUUUUGUUUCACUAUAAACAAACGUGAUUUUUGUCCGCUUGUGAGGUGACCGUUUCGAGCGAACAGCCGCUAUUCAAUACAUUUCCCAGGCUGGCACUCAGAGGACAUGGGAGGCAGAGAAAGUACGACGAGGAAGGUGUCUUACGGCCUGGACCAGGAGGAGAACGUCACCGUUUUGCAGGGCAUUAAGUUGUCCGAUGAUGUUCUCCAGAGGAUGCGUGAGUCAAGUCAGUCUUCAGAAAAAUCACCACCCCCAAAGCCAGACAGCCAGAAGCCUGACCCAGGUGCAGCCAGACCUUCUCCAGCUGAUAUGCAGGAGGAACUAAGGAAACGGUAUGAGCGCGAGCAGGCUCUGGUGAGGGAGGAGUUGGCGCGGCUCGCCCGCAGAGAGAGAGAGGCAGGGGGAGAUGAUGUGAACCCUGCUGUGCUCAGAGAGAGAGCCAGGACCACAGAGGAGCUGGAGAAAGCACAGAACCUGGCAAAGCAACUGGCGAGGAAAGAUGCUGAGUUGAAGCAUCUGGCUGCUUUCUAUAAAGAACAACUGCAGCUGAUGGAGAAGAAGAACAUGGAAUACUACCAGCAGACAUCACAGAUGUACAACAAGGCAGCAACUAAAGCUGAGGGCAACAUCAAGCCCAGGAAUACAGUUCCCAUCUGUCCUGAGCUGCAGUCUCAGGUGUUGAACUGCUAUAAGGAGAACAGACACCAGACUCUGCACUGCUCCACACUGGCAAAGGAGUACAUGACCUGCAUUAACUCUGCCAAGAAGAACGUAAUGGUCAACCAUGGAUCAUGAGGAUGAAGACGGUGAAGAUGAGCAAGACGAGAAGAGGGACGGCAUAAAACACUGCUUGGAUUCCACAGAAUCACUUUUAACCUGUGUGUGUGAGUGAGAGAGAGAGAGGAACUGUGUGUGUGAAUGUACCUGCACACUUGUAUAUGUAGUAAGAAGCAUGUUCAUGUUAGGGAAAGAAUUCCCUCUUUUGGUCUCGGAGUGACUGCAGGAUGUUGUGGGAUUGUGUGUGUAUGUGUGCUGUUUGCGGAUGAUGUUGAUUUGCUGUGAUGUGCUCGGUUUGGCAGUGGAACAUCUCUCACAAUAAAACAUCUGCACUACCACUCA